AUCCUGCUAACCCCGCCCCCUCACGUCUCCGGGUAACUGUCUUUCACUUUGACCUGUGGCAGAAAUCAGGAGCAAAAACACGACAAGAGAAAAGAAGAGAAAAUGUAAAGAAGGGUGUUUGGGAAUUUAUGGGCAAUUUUUUUUUUAAAGUUGUGAAGUGGAAAGCGAAGUGACCCAGGAUAAUCCUCAACCAGGACCUGCCUGGAACCCUACAAGAACCCCUGUGUGAACCUCAUCCACAGUCUGAAAACAAGCUGUGUGUCAGUGGACUCUCAUUGGGCAUAGUAAACCCUGAUGCACACUAACUGAGGGGGUGAACUGUGACACACACCCUCCCCUCCCUGAGUAUGUAAUUGGAUCAGACAGCAGUUGGCCAGGCCAGCCUGACUGACAGACAACAACAGUGCGACCUGAACCAACCAAAACUUACUCUGAGAAGUUCCAGUCAGCUAAGCUGGGAAGGAAAAGAAGACCCCUUUGUGGAUUAAUCAACGCAGAAGAGGAGAGACUGUUUUCUGGAUUUGAGGGGGUCACCAUGAGGAGCCUGAAUCUGCUCCUGCUGGCAUGUUGCCUUUGUAGCCUGAGCACAUUGGGAGGUUCAACUGAUGUUGAGAAGACACUACUGAAGACGCUCUUCACCAACUACAACGUGAAGGUGCGGCCGGCAGAGAAACCUGAUCAGAGAGUGGUGGUCCGCAUCGGUAUGAUCCUCUCCUCCUUCGUCGGACUGAACAUGAAAAAUGAAGAGAUGAGCACAGUCGUUGUCAUGAAUCUGGAAUGGACAGAUUACCGGUUGAGUUGGAAACCCAAGGACAAUGAUAUGAUUGAGGUGAUGCGUAUUCCGUCUACGAAGGUUUGGCUGCCUGACAUCGUCCUCAUCAAUAACAAUGAUGGGCAGUUUGAAGUGGCCCUGCCUGUCCAUGUUCAGGCUUAUAGUACCGGCAGAGUGACCUGGACUCCCCCUGCACUCUUCCUCAGCUCAUGUGGAGUCAAGGUGGAAUACUUCCCGUUUGACUGGCAGAACUGCACCAUGCAGUUCCGCUCGUACACGUACGACUCAACAGAGAUCGAUAUUCAGUACGCACUGGACUCCAAAGGCAAAGAGAUCAGGGAGAUCCAACUGGACGAAGCUUUCAGUGAGGGCGGCGAGUGGCACAUCAAACACAGGCCGUGCAGGAAGAACUCCAAUGAUGACAUGUACGAGGAAAUGACCUUCUACCUGAUUAUGGAGAGGAAGCCUCUGUACUACGUGUUCAACAUCAUCCUGCCCUGCAUCCUCAUCACCAUCAUCGCCAUCUUUAACUUCUACCUUCCUCCUGAUGCAGGAGAGAAGAUGGGUCUGUCCAUCAACGUGCUGCUCACCCUCACUGUGUUCCUGCUGCUGCUGGCCGAUAAGAUCCCAGAGACUUCCCUGGGUGUCCCGAUGAUCGUCAACUACAUCAUGUUCACCAUGAUCCUGGUCACGUUCUCCGUCAUCCUCAGUGUGGUGGUCCUCAACCUGCACCACCGCUCGCCCAACACACAUCAGAUGCCUAUGUGGGUGCGCAAGAUCUUUAUCCACAUGCUGCCUUCCUACCUGUGCAUGCUGCGGCCAAAAGUAGAGAUCCCCCUGUCCCUGGAGACCAUGCCACGCAGAGAGAAGAAGAUAGUCACCAUCAGUAAAGGUGCUGAUGAAUACUUCAUUCGCAAGCCAGACUCCUCCAUCCUGUUCCCCAAGCCGAACAGGUUUCAUCCAGAGGGCAUGUGCACAGAUCUGAGAAAGUUCAUUGACGGCCCCAGUAGCUACCUCUCGCUACCAGAGGAGCUCAAGUCAGCAAUUGAUUCCAUCACAUACAUCGCUGAAGCUCUGCAAGCUGAGAAGGACUACGAAGCUCUGAGGGAGGACUGGCAGUACGUUGCCAUGGUGGUGGACCGCAUGUUCCUCUGGAUCUUUGUUGUCUUCACCACUGUGGGCACCUUGGCCAUCUUCGCCGAUGCCAGCUUCAACCAUACACCCAAUGACCCCUUCAAACCCACAUGAAACCGUGGGACGUUUGGUUUUCUUGAGCGUUACCCAUCCUCUAGUGCAUAAUCAACUGAAAGGGAAACUGAACUCACUGUGUCAUACUGCCAGAGAGUUUAAAAAGUCUAGUUCACCAUCAAUCCAAUGUGCAGGUACCACUUUGAUGUUUUCAGGCCACUGAAGCAGGAGUCCUGAGCAGCCAGUGUUCCAGCUUUAACCGGACGAAAGCUUCAACAUUAAAGAACCAGUUUUUCAAAUAUUACACUUGGACAGAAGGUUGUUUAUAUAUUCUCUCCCCACCCUCAGACAGUGUUGUAGUACUCGAGUACUCGCAGGACUCGUGACUCGACUUGGACUUUAGCACUAAUGACUCGGACUUGGACUCAGACUCGAGCAUUGAUUCCACAAGGACUUGGAUGAUAGAGAGGAGGACUCGGGCUUAUAUCCCUGUAAAGCCUGAACCAUCAAAUCAUUUCCAGAAAAUUCUAAUUCUUUGAAAAUGAGUAUUUAUUGGACCUUCUGACAAAAAAAUAAAAAUAAAUUAAAUUGCAAUUUUCAUAUAUAAGUUUCAAUUUGUAUCAUAUUUGAUACAUCAGGAAUUUUGGUGCACAAUUUUUGCUCAAAGUUUCUUCUUUUGAAAACAAACUAAAACAUAUAAAAACAUUUUUAGCCUAUUAAACUUUGAGUUUCCUUCAAAUUUUUCCCAAAGUAAUUUCAAACCUAGAAUUUUUUUUUCCAUGUUGCACGACAACGUCAUAUACAUUCUGUAUGUACUACACAAUAAAAAAAAUAAUUUAUUGUUUAUUUUUGCUCUGAAUUAUUCAGUUUUUAGUUUGAGCAAUUGAGCAAAAGAAAAUUAUUUACUAUGAGCCAUUUUAACAUUCAACUAGUCAUCAGUCAACAUGAUACAGCAGGUUACAUAUAUAAAAAUACAAUAUACAUUAUAAAUAUCUGAAUUUCUACUCUAAAUAUACCUCAGUAUGUCAUUUUAACAUGUUCUUAAAUAAUAAAAAGACUGUAUGUUGCUUUAUAGAAUGAAUAGUGUAUGAAAUGUAAUAAAAUGAUGAUUGACAGAUCUCCAAAUAAAUGUCCUUAUAUACCUGCUGUAUCAAACAUGAUACACACAUUUUCAACAAGACUAUAAAUGAAGUCAUGAAAUAUUAAUUAGUUUUACAUCAAUCCAGUAACUAUUCCUCUUGAAGUUUCAGGAUCAAUUUGAAAGUUUUUUUCAUCCAAACUUUUUCAAACUUGUUAAAAAUAUCCCUGAAAAACCUGGAGUGGGUCUCUGAUCCACAGCUGACAUGUUGGAUGUCUCAAGUGACGUCCUUCUGCUGCAUGAAUGACUCUCACCUGGUGGAUUAUCCGUGCACUGCAUGUAUCUGAUCGUACACAUCAGGUUUUUUAUUAUAAAAAUAUAUCACACUGAUGAUGUAGAGGUCUCAAACACUGAUGUAUCAAAUAUGACACGCUUGGCGUUAUAGGGAUAUAUAGUGAUACUGACUGUUUUAAUGUUCAUGUUAGAUUUUGUAUGUUUCAUAAAAUGUAUUCGGUUCAGAGCGAGGGCUGGUAUGAGCGUUCACCUGUGUGCGUGUUGAUGUGACGUCUGCCAGGAUUAAAAGACGCUACCAGCCGUGUGUUCUUCUUUCAAAGAUUUAACAGUAAAAGCGGUGAGAGCAGAUCGACAUGUUGGAGAUUUAAGAGACCCAUCAAACUUUAACAGACAUCUGUACAGGAUGAACCCAGAGAAGAGAGAGAGAGAUGCUAAAGGUACUGAGACCGUUCAUCACUUUACUGUGUUAGCAUGCUACCAGUAAUAUUAGUGACUGGUUGGUUAAAUUCAGAUUAACAGUGAGCAGAAUCUCUGAGCGUGUCCCCUCAUCAACAGAAGCAUGGUGUGCAUUUAAAUACAGCACACAGCGCUGUGACUUCAUUCAUAAACUAAUCUCCAGACACAUCGUAUCUGGUACAUUGAUCUUAAUAUAAACAACAACAAACACAUGACUUAAAGUAAAUAUGUACAUACAAUGAUGGAAAUAGCUCCAACACUAAUGUUGAUGUAAGGAAAUGUGUUUCCUAUAUAUCCAAAAGGUCCCACACAGUCAGUCCAGGUCCACACAGUCCGUCCAGGUCCACACAGUCCGUCAAGGUCCACACAGUCAGUCCAGGUCCACAGUCAGUCAAGGUCCACACAGUCAGCCCAGGUCCAUACAGUCAGUCUAGGUCCACACAGUCAGUCCAGGUCCAUACAGUCAGUCUAGGUCCACACAGUCAGUCCAGGGUCACACAGUCAAUCCAGGUCCACACAGUCAAUUCAGGUCCACAGUCAGUCAAGGUCCACACAGUCAGUCCAGGUUCACUAAGUCAGUCCAGGUCCACACAGUCAGUCCAGGUCCACAGUCAGUCCAGGUCCACACAGUCAGUCCAGGUCCACACAGUCAGUCCAGGUCCACACAGUCAGUCAAGGUCCACACAGUCAGUCCAGUUUCGAACAGUCAAUGGUUUGGAUUGCAACAGCCGCCCUCCUUGUAAUAAAUAAUAUUACCAAUGAGGACUCAACUUGGACUUGGACUCAAACAAUGAGGACUUGACUCAGGCUCACAUAAUGAUGACUCGACUCGGACUCGCAUAAAGAGGACUCGGCUCAGACUCAAAUAAUGAGGACUUGACUCGGACUCAGACUCACAUAAUGAUGCCCCGACUCAGACUCACAUAAAUAGGACUCGACUCAGACUCACACAAUGAGGACUUGACUCGGACUCACAUAAUGAGGACUCGACUCAGACUCACAUAAUGAGGAAUCAAAUCAGAUUUUCUCUGGUGACUUGGACUCGACUUGGACUCAAAUUCAAACACUGAGGACUCGACUCGGACUCGAACACUGAGGACUCGGGACUCGACUCAGACUCGAACACUGAGGACUCGGGACUUGACUCAGACUCGAACACUGAGGACUCGGGACUCGACUCGGACUCGAACACUGAGGACUCGGGACUCGACUCGGACUCGAACACUGAGGACUCGGGACUCGACUCGGACUCGAGGUUUGGUGACUGGACUACAACACUGCCCUCAGAGGAUUGCAUGUUGUUUGACCAUCUGAAUUUAUAAAACUGUACGCUGUCAAGAAUCCCUGUGAGGUCUCGUCUGCAUUCAACCUCAGUUUGCAAGAAUCCUCCAAUGAAAGAACAUCUUGAAGUUUGUCAGCUGAGAGAGCAACAGAGACUUUCAGCGUCAGUGUUUUUGCCUUAAUUGCAGAAAAUGUCUUGCCGCCAAGAAACGUUGUACAGAUCUGGUGACGUGGAUCAUUUAUACGAACCAGAACUACAUUUAGUUUGAUAACUGCAUGAGAUUUAGCAACCCAGCCACGUCUACUGUACUUCACGUGUGUAUGCAAACAUCAAUGUUA